AUGGGCGUGACGACGAGCCCGGGGAGGCAGACGUGCGCCACGGCACCGGCCUCUCGCCCCGCGGGAGAGAGCCCGAGGAGCCCGGCCGAGGAUGAGACGCCUUUGACGCGUGAAGCCCCCGAGGAAGAGCGGCUGAGCGGGUUCUGCGUGGAAGAGGAAGAGGAGGAGGAGGUUUACUCCUCGGAGGGUUCCGUGGACUACGGCUUCAUCGCCGCCGUCUCGUGCCUGCUGACGGGCAUCUCCCUGGUGGCCAUCUCCUACGCGGUGCCCCGGGACGUGCGCGUGCCCCAGGAGGAGGAGGACGGCGGCGGCGUGGCGGCGCGCGAGAUGGAGCGGCUGCAGCGGGAGCGAGCGCGGCUGGGCGCGCACCUGGACCGCUGCGUCAUGGCCGGCCUGUGCCUGCUGACGCUGGGCGGCGUGCUGCUGUCCAGCCUGCUCAUGGCGUCGCUGUGGAAGGGCGAGAGCGCGCGCGGGAGCGCCCUGCGCGCGCGCGCCGCCGGGCGCGAGCGCAACCUGUACGGGGCCGUCGGCUGGGGCGCCGCGGGCGGUGCGCCCCGGGACCCCGCAGGGGCCAAUUGGACCGCCCCUGCAGGCGAGCACUCGGCUGAAUUUUGA